AUGAUGAGAGAGUUGGGUCUAGACGCUUACAGGUUCUCUCUCUCCUGGGCUAGAAUACUACCCAAUGGACUGGCCAACAAAGUCAGUGACGCCGGAGUUGAGUUUUACAACAACUACAUAGAUGAAAUGAUUAAAUACGGUAUAACGCCCAUGGUCACUCUAUCCCAUUGGGACUUGCCACAGAAGUUGCAAAAUUUAGGAGGAUUCGUGAAUCCUCUAUUCCCAGAAUGGUUUGAAGAUUACGCCCGGGUGGUGUUUAAAAAUUUUGGAGACAGGGUCAAGCACUGGAUUACUUUCAAUGAACCAAAAGAAUUCUGUUAUCAAGGCUAUGGAGGUGCAACCAAAGCUCCACUAUUAAAUAUAACUGAUGUCGGUACUUACUAUUGUGCAAGAACAUUACUCCUCACCCAUGCUCGGGCUUACAGAGUUUAUGAAAACGAAUUCAAGAAUUUUCAAGGUGGUACUGGUGAUUUCAUUGGAGUAAACCAUUACACCAGUAGCUUUGUAUCUGCCACUGAACACAAGAGAAUACAUCCAGUACCAUCUUUAUACGACGAUAUUGAUGUUGGGACUUACAUACCACCGGAAUGGCCCAAAUCUGCGUCCCCGUGGUUAGUUCAAACACCUAACAGUCUUUACGAUGCCUUGAUAAAUCUUCACGAGAGGUACAAUGGUCCAAUAUUCUAUAUCAUGGAGAACGGCUGGUCCUCAUCUCCAGAUGCUGAUAUCUUUGAUGAUGAUAGAAUUAGGUACUAUCGUGCUGCGCUAAAUGAUGCUCUGAACGCCUUAGAAGAUGGAGUGGAUCUGCGAGGGUUUAUGGCUUGGAGCUUGAUGGACAAUUUUGAAUGGCUAGAGGGUUACGGAACGAGAUUCGGUCUGUACCGUGUCAACUUCUCGGACCCAGGUCGUGAGAGAACUCCUCGUAAGUCAGCCUUCGUGUACAAACAGAUCAUCAAGAGUCGAGUGAUUGAUGAGGAGUAUGAUCCUGAGACACUGGACAUGACCAUUGAUUAA